UCUUCAAACAAUCACACAUGAGAUGAAAGAUUGAGCAAUGGUUCUUCUUUCCAGAUUAGUUUUUGUGGCACUUUUGUACCUUCAUGCGCAUUCCCUGGGCGACAUUGAAGCCGUGCUGGAUGAAGCAGCGUUCCAGGUACAAGAGAUUGCUAGGCAGGCCAUUUCAAAUCGGGAGAAUGCUUGCGGAUCUCUAUCCCAAUGUACAAUCGAAAAUUGCUCAAGGCACACUUGUAGACCGCAGUCCAGGGAUGAGAUCCAAUCUCUCUCGUGCGUCAAUGUGGGUCAUAAUCUAGAUUGCUCCACUCCGACUAAUGGGACAUGCCAGAGCUUGAGCGUCUCGAGCAAGAGAUCAUACAUUAGGCUCUCACCAUCGGCAUUGGAGAGUGACACUGAUGUUAAGAUUGCUAUCUGUGCCCAAAAGUCCCUGGAUCGUAAACUUCAACUCGCAUGGAAAAGCACCAGCAAAGUCUGUCAUGGCUGGGUUUUUUUUGGAGGCGCCGAAGGAUACUUGUACAUCUAUCCAGGCAGGGACUAUACCGACGAUCAUCAAUGCAAAGUCUAUGAUCCAAGGAAAAGGCCAUGGUAUGUGCAUGCCUUGGCGGUGGUGAAAUCACUCUACAUUGUUUUAGACACAUCGUCGUCCAUGAGCAUUUCCAUCGGCCCUUUGUCAUCUCAAAGCCGCCUAGCAGUGGCCAAGGGGAUUCUGGACGAGCUUCUCGACACUCUUACCAAUGGGGACCAAGUAAUUGUGUCAGAUAUGAAUGGAGGCAAACCAUUUGGAGGAAAACCAGUCUCGGUUUCACUUGAGGGCUUGGAGACAUCCUUCGAUCAUGCUGGAAUCUCAGCUCUCAAAAACGCAAUAAGCAAUGCAAGAGCGGACAAAUUACAAACCGAUAUUAAGAAAGCAUUCGUCGGGGCUCUUGACUUCUUCAACUCAAGCUCAAACUUGAAUGUUAUACUCCUCUUAACAGAUGGCCAAUUUGCCAACCAUGUCAACCUGACGGAUUUAGAUCCAAUCUUCAAGCAGCUUAACGAGAAAAACGUUGUCGUUUUCGUGUACAGGAUUGGUUUCUACAUUUCCAACGAUGAAACUUUCCAGAGAAUGCAAUUCAGCCUCAACAUAAGCUUCGAAGCAGUAAAAGAUGAAACCAAUCCUCUCAUGAAGAUACGCAGCUACUUGGACUAUUUAGCUUGGCUCCGUUUUAGCAGUGUCAACAGAAAGCCAGUGUGGGUGCCAUUAUAUGCUGAUUCAGGUGGUCGCAAUGUUACAAGCUCGAUCUUGCCAGCUUUUGAUGCCACCCAACGAUUGAUCGGAGUUGCCUGCAUCGAUAUUGUCACCGACGAUCUCAUCAACAGCUUGGGUCUUGCAGUCGUUCAAGAGGCUGUCUCUAAGAGAAGCCCGGGUCCAUCUCUAGAGCAAAAACCUCUCACAUUGAAAAGUUCUCACCCAGUUCUAGAGGCAACCACAGGGUGUGAUUUUGCUGGUUCGCUGACUCCAAUCUGUCCAAGACAGGAGUUCUCCACACCAAUGGCUGACUUUAUAUGUUGCGGAGCAAACUGUUCUAGCAGUAACGUCACUGCGACUUCUUCUUUGGGAAAGCAUUACAGGAUUGGCGAGACAAUUGGUAUUGUUGUAGGAUCCAUGGCUGCUCUAGCUGUUGCUCUUGCUGGGAUUUACUAUGCUUGCUGGCGAACAAAGCCGUGCCCGGAUCCAACUCAAGGAUUGGAGGAACAAAACGGGGACGAUUGGGUGAUCCCGUCACGAAGGAUAAAAGCUAGAUCGGGACGAGGAGCUACCACCUCUUGAUCCCUUCAUGAAGGAUAACGGGAUGAGGAGUUACCACCUCUUGAUCUCAUCAAGGUUGCUAAGAUUUAAAGAUUUGUUUAAAUUUAUUUUCAUAAAACAAAUGUUACAAGAUUGAUUUGUGUAA